CGCGGAGGGCGGGUGGAGCACAGAGCGAGAAAGGAGGAGCCCGUUCGGGUCGCGUCGCCCCUGCUCAGCGCGUCCAGUAUAAAUUUAGCCGCCCGUAGUCCAUCGCGGAUCCCCAAAGGGGCUAAGAUCGCCCAAAAUGUCGUCCAAGUCUAUGGUUCUGGGUUACUGGGAUAUCCGCGGGCUGGCUCAUGCCAUCCGUAUGCUUCUGGAGUUUACUGAUACCAGCUAUGAGGAGAAACGGUACACGUGUGGGGAAGCUCCUGACUAUGAUAGAAGCCAAUGGCUGGACGUGAAAUUCAAGCUAGAUCUGGAUUUUCCUAACCUGCCCUACCUUAUGGAUGGGAAGAACAAGAUCACCCAGAGUAACGCCAUCUUGCGGUACAUCGCGCGCAAGCACAACAUGUGUGGUGACACCGAAGAAGAAAAGAUCCGAGUGGACAUCAUGGAGAACCAGAUAAUGGACUUCCGCAUGCAGCUGGUCCGGCUCUGCUACAAUUCUAACCAUGAAAACCUGAAGCCUCAGUACUUGGAACAGCUACCUGCACAGCUGAGACAGUUCUCACUGUUCCUGGGGAAAUUCACAUGGUUUGCAGGAGAAAAGCUGACCUUUGUGGAUUUCCUCACCUAUGAUGUCUUGGACCAGAACCGCAUGUUUGAGCCCAAGUGUCUGGAUGAAUUCCCAAACCUGAAGGCUUUCAUGUGCCGUUUUGAGGCUCUGGAGAAGAUUGCUGCAUUCCUGCAGUCUGACCGCUUCUUCAAGAUGCCAGUCAAUAACAAGAUGGCCAAGUGGGGUAACAAGUGCCUCUGCUGAGCUGGAGCUCGAUGCUGCCGCUGAGCCAUCUGGCCCUGAGGGGCCUGCACUCUGAGCUCUCUGCCGGCCUUCUCCCAUCCUGUCCUGAGGGGCCCGCACUCUUUCUCCUCUGCUCUUUCUAAUAAAUAAGCAGUUACAUUA